GAGUGGAGCUGCUUCUGCUGCAGCAGCAGCCCCGGACCCUGGGAGAAGCCAAACACAUUCACACCUGUAACACAGAGAGGCAGCACUGCAGCAUGUGCAAGAACUACAUAUUCUGUCAAUGAAGGAGCCCAUCAUGAACAGCUUCAGAUGACUUGAACCCUAUUGUCAAUAAAGAUGACUUCCACAACUGAAACCAGAAACACUGCAGUUAGGCAAAAUGGGCACAGUGGUGAAGGCAACUCUCGGGAGAAGAUUUACAAAAAGACACCAUCAUCUGCACUUCAAGGCUCUAUCCAACUUGGAAUAGGAUACGCUGUUGGGAACCUCACAUCAAAACCAGGCAGGGAUGUGCUUAUGCAGGAUUUCUACGUUGUGGAGAGUGUCUUUCUACCAAGCGAAGGAAGUAAUCUUACACCUGCACAUCGCUACCCAGACUUCAGAUUCAAGACGUAUGCUCCGUUAGCAUUCCGCUAUUUCCGAGAACUCUUUGAUAUAAAGCCAGAUGAUUAUUUGUAUUCCUUAUGCAACGAACCGCUGAUUGAACUUUCUAAUCCUGGCGCUAGCGGGUCUUUAUUUUACGUCACAAGUGACGAUGAAUUCAUCAUAAAGACUGUGCAACAUAAAGAAGCAGAAUUUUUACAGAAGCUGUUACCUGGCUAUUACAUGAAUUUAAACCAAAAUCCUCGGACACUUCUGCCAAAAUUUUAUGGCUUGUACUGUAUGCAGUCAGGAGGUACUAACAUAAGAAUUGUAGUUAUGAACAAUGUGUUGCCACGUUCUGUCCGGAUGCAUCAUAAGUACGAUUUGAAGGGUUCAACUUAUAAACGGAGGGCCUCCAGGAAAGAGAGAGAAAAAGAUAUACCCACAUUCAAAGACUUGGACUUUAUACAGGAUACACCAGAUGGCCUAUUUUUUGAUGCUGAGACUUAUAAUGCAUUGAUUAAAACACUUCAGAGGGAUUGUCGGGUAUUGGAAAGUUUCAAAAUCAUGGACUACAGUUUACUGUUGGGAAUUCAUAACUUGGACCUGGCCGUUAAAGAGAAGGAAAAAGAAGCAGAAAAUCUCCAGAUGACCACAGAUGGGAAACGCCUGGGAGUGCAGAAGGUCUUGUAUUCCACAGCUUUGGAAUCUAUACAAGGUGCAACCAAAUCAGGAGAAUCUGUUGGAACAGAUGACAUAAUGGGUGGUAUACCAGCCAAAAAUAAUAAAGGCGAGAGACUUCUACUUUACAUGGCCAUUAUUGACAUUCUACAGUCUUACAGGUUCAUUAAGAAGCUGGAACACUCUUGGAAAGCACUCGUCUAUGAUGGAGACUCAGUUUCAGUCCAUAGACCAGGAUUCUACGCUGACCGCUUUUUAAAGUUUAUGAGUAGUCGAGUAUUUAAGAAGACCCUGUCAUUGCGGCCGUCUCCCUCGAAGAAGGCUCGUAAUUCCAUUCCAGCUAUAAAAUACAUAGGACAAGAAGUUUCAUCCUCUGGAACAAUGCAGGAUACAACUGAGGGAAAGAAUGAGCUGCUAUCUGGAACCAGGAGCUAUUUUAGUCUUGAUGGAGAAGCAAUAGGAUAUCGUAGGCGACCGGACCUGCUCCCCAGCACUACAUCGUUAUAUGAAGCAGCCUCCUUAGCAACAACCCUUUCCUCAACGUCCUUAUUUCUGAAUGAACAGACACCAUCUGAAGGCACUGCAAACUCUUCACACAAGGAGCGUAACCCGACUAGUUCCACUGUUACUUUGGAAGACAGCGCAAUCUGUUUAACAUUGGAGCAAAGUACACUAGACAUGGAAAAUGAUGAUGAUUCUGAAUUUGACAUUCACUUGUAAACGGCAUGAAGGAUUAAUUCAACGUUUGGCAGAAGAAGAGGAAUAUAAAUCCAAGAUGCCCAUUCUUUCACUUGGAAAAGAAGGAUACUUUGUACUUUCCGACUCAUGAAGAAUUCAGAUGGAAAUCCUGUUUAGUAAACAGGAUUGCAUGACCUCUGGCACAUGCCAUAGACUUUUGUGAACUGACAUUAAAUGGCACAGGAUUCACAAGGAACAUUUCAUACCUAAGCAUUAAGUCUGUAUUGCUGCUAUAUGAAUGCAGUUUUAUUCCCCAUUUUUGUGAUUCCACCUGACCAACUGAAGAGAGUUUGUCAUUUCUACUGGUUCUGAAAUUCUACCAGAUUUAUAUUUUGUUACUUCAAUAGUUUUGAUUGCAUACAUUUCAGUGUCUGGCAGUUCAAAAAAAAGUUUUUUCUCAGAUGCCAAAAACACUUAUGCCUGAAGCGUAAUUGUUAACUCUUCUAUUUUGCUAAAUUUCCUAAGAAGCAGUCUUUUAAUCAGCCUCUGGAUAAAAUUGUCUACUUUGUACUUGCAUUGAAUUGCAAUGUUUGCACAUGACUACAUUAAGUUACUCUAGAAUCCCUAGUUUUGCUUACCUGUCAGUUUGAAACAGAAAAAAUGUUUACAGAAAUGUGUGUACUUCAUCUCAAUAUCUAUUUUAAAAAAAUGACAAAAGGUCUAUUUUAAUGAAGUCUUUUGGGGUCGUCUUAAAAGUCUCUGUAAAUAAAUAUCUUUAAAAGUGUGAAGGAGUUUGCUUGAGAGAUGCUUACUAUAACUUAAUGUCCACUUAAAGAAGUAUUGUAUAGAAUUAUUUGACAAAAUUAUCUUCCAAGGUGUAUAGUAUAAACACUUGAAUGGCCUGCUAAAAUUUUUGCUGCAUAUUAUAUCUGUAGGUGGUAUAGGACUUAAGUUUUGCUGCCGUUCUGAAGUAGAAUCAUAUGUUUAAAAAACUUGUAUUCAGAUUAUUUAAAUGUUACACAUUAUUGAGCCUUUAUGUUUAUUUAAAUUAUGUCUUGCUGUAACUUCUCUAUAAGGAAACAACUUAUGAGAAGGGGAUGUGUUUGACAUCCCCUGGUGGACAUUGUUUAGCACUACAGCAUCUGAGCAAACUGAAUUUCGGUUUUGUCGAUCAGGUCUGAACCAAAUAAAAAGCACUUGGAAAGAAAUGACCAGCAAAGAAUUAAUAAAAGCAAGUUGAACUUAA